CUUAAGAUAACCGCAAUUGUCCACGGAAAAACACAACAAUGGCGAAAAUGGUUGUUUUGAUUACCCUGUUAUUUUCUUCGCUUGUUCGUGGACAAAAUCUUGUCUUAAAUGGUGACAUGGAGUCCUUGACCAACUGGGAUUGCUGGGGCUUCCAUUGUGAACUGACCACUGACCAUCAUAGUGGACAUCAUGGCAUUAAAGCUACAGGAAGGACGAUGUACUACAUGGGUCCCUCGCAGAUACUGACCGGCGUCCACCCUGCUGGUCGGUACUGGGUGGAGGGGUACGUAAAACUCCUCAACGACGAGCAGGGCAAGAUCGGGCAGAAGGUGGACCUGGAGCUGGCUGUAAACUUCACGGAUGGCACCAUCAGCUACAUCCCUGUUGCAUCUCAACCUCUGGUCAGGGCCAGUGAUGGCUGGGUACAAAUAAUCGGAGACUUCAGUGCGCCUUCUAAAGCCAUAAAGAACACUCGGAUCUACUUCCAAGGAGCGUCGGCAGGUGUCAGUUUCAUCGUUGAUGACAUGUCAAUCACGCCUAUUGUAGCCAAUCAGUACUGGAGGGCGGAGUCAGACAGUGUGAUAGAAAGGCUCCGAAAAAGUGAUAUCAAGUUUGAAUUUACCUUGGAAAAUGGAAUCAGUUCCAACCAAGUUGAAAUAGAUAUUAUUCAGACAAAGAAGUCGUUCCCGUUCGGUACCGCGGUCUCAGCUGACGAUUACGUUCACGGGGACAGCCGUUACCAGGACUUUAUCAACAAACACUUCAACUGGGCAGUGAGUGAAGCGUCACUCAAGUGGGAUAUUAUGGAACCUGCCAAGGGACAAAUCAACUACAAACGUGCUUUCGACAUGAUAUACAAGUUACUUCAGAACGGCAAGAAGAUUCGCGCCCAUAACGUUGUAUGGUCUGAGCCCAAGUAUGUGCCCCAGUGGGUCCGGCCCCUGACUGGCAGCACGCUCAAGAACACCGUCCAGCAACGCAUUCAGGACAUCGUGGGCAGGACGAAGAAUCUAGUUGAACACUGGGAUGUUGACAAUGAGAACCUCCACGGCUUCUGGUUCCAGGACACUCUUCACGACCGAGACUACAACCUGGACAUAUUCCGUAUCGCCCAUCAAGCAGGUCCUAAUGUCAAACUCUUCCUCAAUGACUACGACGUGGUGGCUCUGGGAUCCUUAACAACGGCUUACCGAGACCAGGCUGUUAGGUUUAAGAAUGCCAAUGUGGGACUGCACGGUGUCGGUGUACAGUGUCACUUCACAGCCAACACCGCACCAGACCCUACACUUAUAAAGAAACAUCUUGACAUCAUAUCUGAAGCUGGCCUGCCAAUCUGGGUGACAGAGUUCGACGUCAUGGCAAGCGACGAGCAUACCCGGGCAGACUGGUACGAGACCGCUCUGAGGGCGUUUUAUGGCCACCCAGCUGUUGAGGGCAUCAUGCUGUGGGGAUUCUGGAGCAAGAGACACUGGAGAGGGGAACCGGCAGCCCUGGUGUCUGGAGACUCCUUCACAUUGAAUGCAGCUGGGCAGAGGUUUCUUCACUUGACUGAGGACGAGUGGAUGACCAAGGAAACACACAGACUUGACCAGUCCGGAACCUCCUUCACCACCCGCGGUUUCCAUGGAGACUACGAAGCUGUGGUCAAAGUUAACGGAAAAGAAGUUACCUCCCUUAGACAGUACUUCACACUAGAGUCGUCCCCAAAAGCAGUCAGCGUGCAUGUGCAUCAAUAGUGGACAGUGACAAGCCGUUAGUCCGGGAACCGCCUGAUGACAGCUUGGAAUGUUCAAAAAUGUGCGACUCCGGAUCAAGGAGGUUCUCUAUAAUUAUCAACUCUGAAACCUGUUUUUUUUACCCAUUUAGAAGAUAUAAAACUUGGAUGACA